CAGACAGCGGGAGCGGCGAAGUGCACGUUAACCAACGUUAACCUCGCACGGAAGAUGGCGGACGACGAUGUGAACGGAGAUUCGGAUGAUGUGCAGCAGGAGAAGUCGCAGAAAAAGGCAGCCAAGUAUGACAGCGGUGCAGCGGAUCUGGAAAAAGUGACCGAUUAUGCCGAAGAGAAAGAGAUCUCGUCGUCUGAUGGAUUUUCUUGCGCUCUCAGCAUAAUUGGUGACCGUCGCGACAAGGAGGCCGCGGAGAAAAAGGCGAAAGAGAAGGAGCUGCUCAAAGUGUCUAUUAAGAAGGAGGAUGUCGAUUUGAUCAUGAAAGAGAUGGAGAUCAGUCGGAUUUUGGCUGAACAGACUCUCAGGGAACAUAGAGGCGAUAUUGUAGAAGCAUUAAUUACAUUAACUAAUUGAAAUUGUACAAAAAAGAACUUGUUCCAGAGAUCUGGUGUCAUAUCUCUGAAUUUUACUGUAAAAUAUGCUAAAUUACGAAAGUUCCGAGACUUUCGCUUAUUUGCUAACACUUGUUAUAAAAUAUCCAAGUAAUACUUAUAUUUUCAUUUUCUCAU